UCCACACUACACUUGCUGCAGCAAUGUUUAGUGGAAGAAGUCUCAGCCAUAGGCAAUAGUGUGUCAUCUUGCCUUCAGACGUUUUUGAUCUUCACGAACACACGAAGGACAUAACCUACCUUCGACUGGGGAGGGAUUUAGCUGUUUUUAUCGCUGCCAGUAGAUCGAGAAAACAAAACGCCGGUUCACGGGGCAAAAUUUAAUCUCUGUCUUGGAUUUGCCCUGUAUUCAUUAACCACUAUUUAUCGGUGACCGUCGCGAGAGGAUAAUUUAUGAUAAGGCAGUUUUUGAGGUUGAGGAUUGUGUUAUCGAACUGUGUAUAUUACAAGAAGAUUGUGAAACACUAUCAGUGGCUACGACUUUUAAAAUGAGGAACAGUUGGACGAUUGUUGUAUUUCUUCUUUGCAGUCAAGUUGUUCAGAGUCAGCGGGUGCGGGUGCUCCCCGAAGUGGAGGCCUACGCAAAUGAGUCCGUCAACCUGCACUGCGAAUUCACCAAUGCUGGAGCUACUAAACUCACACAGGUUUCAUGGAUCUUUGAAGCGACUGAGGGACAGAGGGAGAACAUAGCUGUUUAUCACCCCACGUACGGCCAGAGCUUCCCACAGUCAGCCUUCAAAGAUCGGGUGCAGUUCACCCAGCCUUCCCUUGAGAACCCCUCCAUUAAGAUCAACAAUGUGCGCAUGUCUGAUGCUGGCAAGUAUACCUGCGAGUAUGCAACCUAUCCGAGUGGAAAUGAGCAGGGCACCACCACCCUCAUUAUGCUUGCCAAGCCCAAAAACUCCGCCUCUCCGGUGGCAGCACAGGCCAGUGGCGGUAAGGUGGUAGUGGCACGGUGUGAGGCUGCGCAGGGCAAGCCUGCCGCCACCAUCACCUGGAUGACGAAUGCCGCUGGCGACUUCAACAUCACUUCGUACCCACAGCCGGAUGGCACGGUGACGGUCAGGAGUGAGUACCACAUGGCACCAAUGCCUGCCGACAACGGCCGCGACAUCACCUGCGUGAUCACCCAGCAAACGCAGAACCACCCACAGACCUUCACCAUAAAGCUCACUGUGCAAUACCCCCCCACUGUCAGGAUAGAGGGAUAUGAUGAUAACUGGUAUAUGGGUCGGACCGAUGCCAUGCUGAUCUGUCAUGCUGAUGCCAAUCCAGAGGUUGUUAAUGUUACAUGGGCAACGGUGUCGGGGAAGAUGCCACCCACAGUGAAGGUGGUUCAGAACAAGCUGCUAGUGCAGAAGGUGGAUGAGAGUGUGAACACCACCUUUAUCUGUGAAGCUAAGAACAGUCUGGGAUCCAGCAAGAACCAGCUCACUGCCAUGGUCACAGAAUUGACAGGGGACCCCUCCAGUGUGGGCGUAUUGGUAGGAGCCAUCCUCGGUAGCCUGCUAGCCCUCCUAUUGGUCAGUGCAUUGGUUGCUGUGCUAGUGAUGCGCAGCCAUCGGCAGCGGCACAGGUACUCAAGUGACGGCGAGCAGGGUUCCUACAGCAAUAAGGCCCGCCUCUUUACAGGCAAAAAGAUCAGCAACAAUGGCACAGGGGCCAAUAACAAUGGGCCCAUUUACACAUACUGUGAGAGUGAGGCAGGAGCUCUGGCCGAAAAGGGCAGCGAGUUCCCACAUGCACCAGCCAGCAUUCCUACUGCCCACAAGAUACUGCUGAGCUAUGAACUGGAUGAGGCUGAGCGACGCAAGUUUGCUGCCCUGAACGACAGUAUGAUGGAGGAGGAGGAGGAGGAGGAGGAGGACCAGGACCAGUAUGACGGUUUUGGAGGGCUGCCGCCCAGCUACCAUGUCCAACGGCACAAUGAUGUGUGCAGUAUGUAUGUGGAUGAUGACAUGGAGUCACAGAGGGACGGGUCCAUCAUCUCCCGGACCGCCAUCUAUGUCUGAGGGAACACCAAAUGGUUGUGAUGGUGAAGCUUUGUGGAGAUGUUAACCCUCUACCCAACCAGUUAGAAACACUUUCUGUUUUUCUGUCCUGAGACUUGAUGUAAGAGGAUGGAAUGGAGCUUCAAUGGUGAAAAUAGGCACAUGCUUCCUGUUUUAUGGAUAUAAGCACAUAAUACAACUGGGGGAGGGGGGUUGAAGAGGGGAUGAACAAUAAACAUGCUUGUCAUAGCAACUGUCAUUGUGUCUUUCAGUUGAACCAUUGCUGGAGAAGGACACAAAAGAUUAGUAUGAAGAAUUUGAUUGCUGUUCAUAGUCUGUUAUUUUCAUCUUUUGUCUUGGGAAUUCACCCAUUUCUGAUUUAUUCACUCAGAUGCCUAGUCAACUCCUUUCUGCAAUCCUGUUUUUUUUCUUUCUUUUUUUAAAGUUGAAGGCCUCAAUACACUCCAGAUUUAGUUCUCAGGGUUGUGUGGGCACCGAAGUCAUCAAUGCAGAUGCAAUGCUUUGGGGUCAAAUAAGUUGUCUGUUUCAUUAUCAGUCUGGUUAGGUUCUCAUCAACUGAUGUGCAGAGAUGAGCUGAUUUGUGUUGGCUGGGAUAAGAAUGGAUCAAGCUGCAGGCAGUGAUCUGCCAGGUCUUGGAGCCUUUGUUCUCAGCACUGCUGAUCCGCACCAGCUCUGGAGCUUUCACUUUCUGGUUGGACUUGCUUCUUUUAAGUUCCCCAUUUCCAAACAUGAUCAAUGUUUUAGCACUCAUUGUUUUAGCCACCCAACCCCAACAACCCCCCUCCACUACCCCUCAGCCACCCCGACUCUGCCCCCUUAACACCAUUCGCCAGCUGAGCAGUGUGUUCUGGGCUGUGUUUAAUUCAGAAGGCAGAGAGUCUUGUGCAUUAGCUGCUAAAGAGGCCUCGUUUGCUGACUAAUCCUGUUGUAUCCGAACCACAGAAAGCAAAUCCCCAAAAGCUGUAGUGGGCUAGACGUAGUAUGUGCAGCAUGACGCCAAACCCCAUGGAUGUGCCGAAGCACUCACUGAGGAAGUGAUUGAGUUUAAGUGGAAAAAAAAGCUUUGGUGAAUUCUCUACAAACAGAUGCCUUUUGAUUGUUAGGAGUUGCAAAGAUGACCAUAGAGGCAGGCAAACCUUGAUGAGAUACAGCAGAGCAGCUGUCAUUUGCCGUCUGUCUCAGGCGGGCUUCAUGGAUGGCUAGCUGUGCUCAGACUGACUUUAUCAUCAGUCAUUCAUCCUUGGUAUCUUUGCACAGAGCCCCAACUGAUAGGGGUUAGACUGAGACUUGCUGCUCUUGGUACACACACACACACACACACACACACACACACAGACACAAACAAACACUACAGCUGGGUUUAAAGUACAGAGAGGAUUUGGCCCAAAUUAAUUUGUUUUGCUGACACGUAACAUAUAUCUCAAAGGAUUUUUUUCACAUUUAAUCUGUGUGAUCUUUUCCAAUUGGAUCAGUGCCAAUUUCUUAUGCAGUUCUUGAUCAGAUAUCUGAUUCAUACCAAUGUAUGCCCAGAGAACUCAGAUUUGAUUUCAUGUUAUUUUUAUACAAUACAUUUCAUUGCCCAGGUGCCGAUGGGUGUUCAUUGCUGGUUCUUCUCCCAAACUCACACGGGAGGGCCACUAAUGGCAGCUAAAGCAGUAAUUGCUAUGCGUUUUGCACAUGUUCAUCUUCUUGCUCUAAUCCACUGCAGCUACCUUUCUAAAAAAAAUAGUAAAUUUUGCAAUGGACAUAUUUAUCCCCAUUUCAUGGUGGACAUUCAUUUCAUAGGUUCAUCUACAUAUAUUCAUGUCACUGGCUGACAUUCAUUUCAUAUGCCGACUGGUGGAUAUUCAUUUCAGUGUUCCAGUGGUGGACAUUCAUUUCCUUGAUUCACUAGUAGAAAUUCUUGAAAGGUUGGUACAUUUUGCUGUCUGUGGGUACAUUUAAGUCAUAUACCGGAUGUUUUUGUUUUUCCAAAUGGGCAUAUGUGGAUCCUUUCAGGCCAGAGGUCUGUUCACACAGUUGAAAGAUAUGGCUGACCGACAAAAAUGAAUGUGAACAGUCAAGGACAAAAGACAGGAUCUAAGCAAAUCAUCUGUCAUGUCCUGCAAUGCUAAAGUAGCAGCAUGUGUGCACAUACCGGUGCAGUGCCAACUUGAUGCUGCUCCUUUUAAUGUACUGUGAGGUCAUAUUGAGUACUAUUGGAACCCAGCGAGUGCAAAGACUGCAAGCUGAUGUAGCUUUGAAGAGCCAUUCACCUCCACUGCUGAAUUAGUUUCUUACUACCCCCAACAAGUCCCCUCCUGCUUGUGUCAUUGCACCUAUAAGUAUGACUGCAAAUGAGCUUUUCAGGAGCUGCUGGAACACUCAGUUGUUCAGGAUGAAAAUGCAGAAAGUGAAUUUGGACAAAUAUUGUAAAACAAUAACAGCUGAAGUUCUUUAAACAGUAAUGCUUUCUUUUUGAAGUUACCCAAGUAUUGAACAUGCCCCGGAUAUUCUGUGUAUUAAAGCAGACAGCAGCAGCUAAAACAUAGCUGACAGUCAAGCCACAUGAGUCUGACAAGAAGCAGAAAUGUUAGAACGGGCAUUUUUAAACUUUGUAACCUCAGUGUUGCCAAACAAAAGGUGUUUUUUUUCUGUUCAAAUGACUAAUUUUAGCAGUAUUUUUGAUUAAAUGUAUGGUUGAUUUUCCAAAAUAGUACAAAAUGUACGUUGUAUAACAGGUGUUGAUACAAUGUUCUCAUUUGCACAAUUUCAGGGUAAAACCAGAAUACACAGAAAAAAAUCAGUUACCAAGUAGGGUUUGUUCUGAAUAGCUACUAUAUUAAUCAAUGACUUUCUUGAAAUGUAAUAAUGUAUUUAUGUGAUGUGUAUUAACAGACAGUCAGAAGUCAAUGUAAGUGCCUACCUAUAUGUUUAAUUUGCUCACUUUCUAAAGACUUUUAUGAGAGCAAGGUUUUAAAAUUCAAGUUUAAAUCAGUAGAAAAUGCAUUGCAGGAUUCACUGCCUGCUUCCCAUCAAUAAUUUUAGGGGUAGAAAAAAGAGAGAUUGCCUGGUCUAGAGCAAUUUUCCCCAUAAUAAUACUGUACCCCAUAAUAAAAUUGCACCAUGGUAACAUGCAAGCCUAUUUGGAGGCCUUUUCUGAUGGAGCCAGCACAUGUGGGCUACUUAGCCAGUCCAGUGUGAUUUGCCAUUCAUUUGGCUUUGCUGACAGUAAUGUGUAUUGUGCUCUGUCAGAGUGCCACAUUUAGAGGAGAAUAAUACUGGUUUCAGUCAGAGCAAGACUAUAACAGAAUUUCUGUCUUUGGACUUUAUAAAUAAUGCAAGUGACACAAAACUGUUCAUAUCACAAAAUCAUCACUGCUUCUUCUUGUUUUGUUUUUGUUUUUUUAAACUGAAAUCUGUGAAAAGGUAUUGCUAUUAAUUAAUUGAGAUAACAGUUUCAUUUUGUGAGGUGUCUGUGGUGUGUAUCUUGAUGUGUGGUGUGCCUGUAUUUUAUAUACUGUGAAUGUAUUUACCAAGAAAUUAUUUGGGGGGGGAAAGGUUAUUUAUCAGUGCUGUAAAUUACAGCUGUGCUUUGGUCUGGCUGACACCAAAUGGGAGUAGGUGCAGAAAAAAAAUCAGAGCAGUUUUGAGUGACCUCAGACGCCUUGAUACAGGUGAUGUUCACAAACAGGUGGAAGGAUGAAGUGAGUUGGGCAUCCACAGUUGCGCCUGACAGACACUGCUCCGAAAAGUACAUGUCCUACAGAGAAAACACCCCUACAAAUGCAUUGUUUCAGUUAAAAUAAAUAUGUAUUACUUAACACUGACAUCACCUUAUAUAGAAUCUGAGCUGGGGGUUCCAGAAGACAGCCCCAUCCAGGUGUCCCGGUGAGUGGAGCAGCACCAUGGCAGAAGGCGUUGUGGUUUGCCAGUUCUGGAGCCGUUCCCUGCCCCUUCAGUCAUUUCAAAAGCAGGAGUGGAGCACAACAGCUCUGAUUCCUGUCCGCCUGUAAUCUCAAAAUAACCAAACAAAAGCCUUGAGACAAAAAAGCAACAUUUUACUUGCCAUAUCUCUCUAUCCCCCUUCUUACUUGUACAUAUUUUGAUUAAGUUUGAAAAAGCAUCACUAAUUUAUGCAAAUUCACAAUAAUCAUGUGUCAAAUGGCCAUGGUUCACCUGUGUUUAUUUUAGAUCUGUUGCAUUUUAUGUGCCAGGCCUCAUUUUUUCUUACUUUUUUACACGCAAUAUCUACAGAUUUAGAUCUUUAAUCUCUUCGACCCAUAAGAAAUGGUUUAACAGAUAUAAAAUAAUAAGCCUCUCUCACACUCACACUGUGAGUGAUUUGUACACUGUGUUUAAGAAAAAUGAACACAUUAACUUAAGUUUUGUCACAUUAUGUCACAUUAUUUUUGCAUUCUGCUUGUAAUUAAAAUUUGUUGGAUUUCUGUUACAUCAAAAUUGCAUUUGUGUUUAAAAUGACCCGUGGAUACAUUUUCCAGUUGUUUACCUUUAUUGGAUGUGAAACACUGAAAUGGAAUAUGAAAUUCUGUAAAAGCAGUUUGAGUUCAUUCACUUUUGACACAUCAGUAUUGCAUUU